UGCUUCCCGCGGCCCCGCCCGUGGUGGCUAAAGCUACGUGUCCUUGUCCCCCGUGGGCAGCCUCAGCGCGUGCGGCCUCGGAUCGGAUCCCCAGUUCGAAGGGCCUCCUCCAGCCACCACCUCCUGGGAAAACAAGCGAUGAAGACCAAGAACCGACCUCCUCGGCGCCGGACAUCCGUGCAGGACACAGAAGCCACCCCAGGAGAGCAGACUCCCGACAGACCCCAAUCAGGCUCAGGGGGGUCCGAGCUGACGAAGGGUCUUCGGAGUAGGACAGCCCGUGCAGGUGGACCGCGAGCAGAGGUCAGCCGCCGGCGACAGGGGUCUGGUGGCCGCAGGGAGAAUAGUAUCCAGAGGCGACUGGAGAGCAAUGAGCGGGAACGACAACGGAUGCAUAAACUCAACAACGCCUUCCAAGCGCUGCGUGAGGUCAUCCCCCACGUGCGGGCUGACAAGAAACUCUCCAAGAUUGAGACCCUCACGCUGGCCAAGAACUAUAUCAAGUCGCUGACCGCCACCAUACUCACUAUGUCCAGCAGUCGCCUCCCGGGGCUGGAGGGGCCGGGUCCUGCGCCAGGUCCUAAACUCUACCAACACUACCAUCACCAGCAACAGCAGCAGCAGCAGCAGCAACAGCAGCAGGUGGCUGGGGCCACGCUAGGUGCCACGGAGGACCAGCCCCAGGGCCACCUGCAACGGUACUCUACACAGAUCCACAGCUUCAGAGAGGGCAGCUAGCACCCACUCUGGGCUGGGUUGACAGUGCUGGCCUGGUCUGCUCAGCUCAGCUCUGGCCCCUCCAUGCCACAAGCCCGACUGAUGAUGACACUAUGGGUAUUUUGUUGUUGACCAGAGUCUCUCGUGUGACCCAUGCUGGCCUGGAACUCCUCAUCCUCCUGCCUUCACCUUCUCUAUGGCUGUGGUUACAGGCACACAUCACCGUAUGGUGAGGUGCUAGGAACUGAAAAGGCACUCUGUGCAGGCUCAACCAGCUCUUGGCCUACUGAGCUACAUCCCGCAGCCCAAGGCUGAAUCUCCGGUGACUCCAUUUUCCUUGAACGUCGGCUCAGCCAUCAACAUGGGGCAGU